GAACUGUUUUAGUUCACGGCUUGUUCAGUAUCCUGCAGGUUCGACUCGACUCUGCACUCCUUCCCCUGGUUUGAAACCCUGCAUGAUGCUCGAAUAUAUAAUCAACAUGCUGAGUACCAUUUGGCUAGUACUGAGUAGUUUAACUGGCAGAGCUCUUGCACACCGUGCUCGGACGGCUCUGAUGGCAGGGCUCGAGGGGUUUGUGUUGAAUCAGGAUCGUCUCAAAUUUGCUUCAGCCACCGAACCUUCCAUUCGAGUGGCGGGUCAUGCUUGACAUGUGUCCCACAAAUGUCAAGGUUCAAUAAUUCGCCCGAAUAACCAAACUAGAACUUUAACCUCCGAGAAUGUGUGAUUCUAGACAGGUAUUUGAGGGCGCUCUCGAGGCGUCGCAUUGAUAAGGUUCAUAAGCCGUGCUGCCACCCUGCGUUCCACUCGUGCCAUUGCGGUCCAAAUUUGGUCUGAGUUGGCAUUUUCAUAAGUAUUCCUAGAGGUUAGUCAAUCUUACACACCAUCAGCAACUUUCAAGCCUAUUGCCAUCCCUCAUUACGGUCAGCAUGGUCAGGCUAGAUAGCUGAAAAUGGGCUGUUUGCAGAAGAAGCCAAUGCAGGAAGUAUGAACCAAGAGGCGGUAUCCCUAUGAUCUGGUAGUGAGACAUUGCCAAGCCUCUCCCGAAAAGCCUCGCAGUGGGUUUGUCAAGCGUUCUUAGUCAUAGGAGCAAUGGUUUGCUCAAGGAUCAUGUGUGGUCCGAUAAAUAUAGUGCAUAUCCCUCGGCUUCGGAAACCCUUAACAAUGGAGGAUAAUCCCAAACAUGUCUCAGCAAAGGAUACAGAAGAUAACGUAGGCCUAUCUAGCAGGUUCAGAUGUAUUUGUCAGCUCUCUGAUUUCCUGGAAUAUCAUGUCACGUUAUGGUCCACGAGACUAUCAGCUUACAAUCC